AGCCCCGGCGGCGGCGGCAGAUGGAGGCUGAGGCUGAGCCCGAGCCCGGGCGAGCGGAGGCGCCGCGGCGGGGCGGCGUGGCCGGGAUACUAAAGAUGGGCCGUCGAGCCCGGCAGGACCUCUUGGCAGAUGAAAAUCUCAUCAGGAAGAAUUCCCCGUCUGCUUCUCUUGGAGAGGAUGAAGACUCUGAGGAAAAGGUUGACCAUGGUCCACCACCUAAACCACCACGCCGGCAAGGAGGCUGGGCAGAUGAUCCUGUAAUGGCACCUAUCAAGUCAGGAAGAAAGCAUGCAGAAGAAGUAGAAGACCAUCGUCUCAGACAGCAGAGCCUGGAGGCAUCAGAUGAUGGAGGAGACAUUCCUGUGAUCCCUGAUUUGGAGGAAGUCCAGGAGGAAGACCUGGCCAUGCAAGUGGCAGCUCCCCCCAGUGUACAGGUGAACCGAGUGCUGACCUACCAAGACCUGGACAAAGAUUUAAUGAAGUAUGCUGCCUUUCAGACUCUGGAUGGGGAGGUAGACCUGAAGCUCCUCACCAAAGUUUUGGCUCCAGAGCAUGAACUACGAGAGGAUGAUGACCGCUGGGAUUGGGACCAUCUCUUCACAGAGGUGUCCUCAGAACUAGUGACUGAGUGGGACCUGGGACAAUCUGAGAGAGAGGACCACCUCAGUUUGCCAUAGAGUACUGGCACAAAAGACAUCUCAUACAUGCAUCCCCUGUAAAUAGCUUAGCACUUCAAUUUUGUAUUUACUUGUUUGUAUUUGAGACCUUACUUCAGACAUGAAAAUAAAUAGGAUCUUGUCUUCACAGAAAAAAUGUCUUGGGAGAAGUUUUGGGUACUUUGUAAUAAGAAUCUUUCUUGUCAAAAGAGAUGAAGAAUUCCAAACACCAUAAAAUAUUAACUUAUAUACAGUCGCUCCACCUCAAUAGCAGCUUUACAGAUAACUGCAGUGGUUGAUCUUUCCUCCAUGAAAACACAACCUCUCUGGAGUGGACCAUCUUCCAAUGGAGUGUGGUUUGUAGUGAUGGUUAUCAGAGAAGCUUAUGGGGGAAAUGAACUCUAUCUCAUCCAGACCCAAUACACUAGGACAUUGAGGUUACCAUCUUCUUCACAACAGACACCACAAGUUGUCAGGAUAUCUGGUUUACAUUUCAUCCAGCAGCCUCCAGCCUUUCCCUGCUAAUUUAACCCCUUUGUUGGAACAUUACCUCUGUAUUGACUCAGGAAGCAUCACCUAUUAAACUGCCAACACCACUUCUUUCAGCACCUCUUUUUACCCUGAGGUUUCCCAGCUAAAUUCUGACCAGGCAUAACCCCACUUAGCUUUUGCAAUCACAUGAAACCACAGCCUGAAUGGAGAUCGCUUCAGGCAAUAGGUAGUUUGCAAAGAAAAUACUGUUUAUUCCAUGGGUGUGAAAGAAUGGAACCUGAUGCUCUCAAAAAAGGUAACUCCCUGGUGUGUGCCUCCUUGGAACUAAGUGACCCACUCUUAUUGUCAUCUAAAGAAAAACCCAUUUAGCUGUUAAUACCUUGUCCCUAUAGAACUGUGGUCAUUAUUUGCAGGAAACAGUAACAUUACUUCCUAAGCCAACGUCCUUCAAAGCCUCAUCCCAUUGGAGAAUCUUGCUGUAUACUUCGGGGGGGCAGUGCAGGUGCUUGGGAGGAAGCUUGCUGUGCUGUUCUUCUUGGCUUGUUUGGUCAGUCUGAUAGAGUACUGCAUUUCCAUUUUUGUGACAGCAGGAGACAAGUCAAAUAACUCACUGUGAAUUCAGUACCCUGCAGAAUUUCAGAUCAGAGCUGAUAAACCAAACAACUCUACCAAUAAGAGGGAAGCAGUUGGGUCCCAGUCUGGGGCCACAAAAAUAAGUGGAGGUUUAUCUGUCAUAAGGACACACAAAGCUUUUUACAAGCAAGAAAUCUCUCCUGUAACUAAAAAACUAGGUGAGACAGAAGGGAGGCCAGUGUAUGGAGGAUAAUCCAAAUGUCCUUCCCCGAGCAGAGAAACCUGUUUUGGUAUGAGCAGAAACUUCCCAGCUGCGCUAGCAUCUAUUUCUGUGUGACACCUACGGUUCUUGGCCAAAGAAUUUAGAAUGCUUCCUACAUUCCAGGAAAAAAAAUUAAAUUCAGCAAACUAAAAUACUUUAAUAAAUCAGAGAAACCCAACAAGCCACUCUGAGAGGAAAAAAAAAUUGGCUACCCCCUUCUGGCUGGGGGCCCUGGGAGGGAUACUCUGUGGAGAGAGGCAAGUUGUGUGGGCCAGGUCUGUGCCCAGUCUGGGACCUUGGGAGCCCAGCAAAUACCCAAGUAGAGUUUGAGAGAAGGGCUUGAAGAAAGUGUCAGCCUCAUCUAUUUUAAGGUAGGAAGAGGUAGCUUUGAUCAUUUACUCUGACCUGCUAUAAUACAGGCCAUGGCAGAGUCCAGUGGCUGAGCCUUGCCUGUCUUUUAGAAAGGCAGACAGUAUAUUUGAAACUCACUCCUCGUUCGUUUUUAAUAGAUGAUUGCCCUUAUGGUUUAAAAUCUGCUUUAUUUUUAGGGUCAGUUUUUGAGUUUCAUCUUCUGUUCCCUGAGACUGCUUGCUUUCACCUUUCCAAUCAAGCCAUCCUGUCAUGUAUUUUCUUCUUGCUUCAGUAUUUAUGUGCACAGUGAUCAAGUUGUCUCUUUAAUUUCCUUCAAUAAACUUAAUAGACUGAGA